CGUUCAGUUGUCGUUCUUUUUCUCGGUCUGGCAGCUGCCAAAACCCUAGUAUUUCUGACAGUGAACUGGAAACAUCUCUCUAAAUGCCUCAUCGUUAAUCUUCAUUAACAUCGUCUGAACGCUAAUAUUAUUUUUCGGAUCCUUCUAUCCGGAUCUUCGACAUGGCGGCUUCACUUGAAUCUCUCAUUUCACUUGCCGGCUCAGUCACUACCUCUUCCACCAAAACCCGGCUAAGGAUCUUCGGCAAUGAUGUCCCUUCUCUUCUCAACGAUUCAGAAAUGAGUUCUGAAUUUGCAUCACUUCUGGUGGAUACAAUUUUUAAAACAUAGGCUAUAUAUGACGAUGGGGGUUCAAGUAAAGCAGUUGAUAAUAUGAUUGUGAAGGCCCUUGGUGAGGUGACACUUAUGAAGAGUUUUGCUGCAGUUCUUGUUCAGACUAUGGAAAAGCAGUCGAAGUUCCAGUCACAUAUAGGCUGCUAUAGACUCCUCAAAUGGUCAUGCCUCCUUUUGGGCAAGAGUCAGUUUGUCAGCCUUUCAAAGAAUGCAUUGUGUAGGGUUGCUGCAGUGCAAGCAUCUUUACUUAAUACUGUUAUGCAAAGAUCUUUUCGUGAGAAAAGUGCAGGCAGACAAAUUUUUUUCCAUUUAUUUUCUCAGUCUCCAGAUAUAUACAGAAUGUAUAUAGAGGAAUUAAAAGACUCAAGGAUUUCAUACAAAGAUACUCCUGAAUUGAUGUGGUUAUUACUUGAUUUCUCCUGUUCAUCACCUACAUUGUUUCAACAAUACAAGCCUAUUUUUCUUGAUAUGUAUGUGAAAUCGGUCUUAAAUGCCAGAGAAAAGCCAAAGAAGCAACUUAGUGAAGCUUUUGAUCCACUUUUUACCCAUAUGUUGCAUGAAGAUUUUCAAAGUGUUGUUUUUCCAGCAUCUGUUAAAAUGUUGAGACGCAACCCUGAGAUUGUGCUAGAAUCAGUGGGAAUUCUUUUAAGGUCUAUCAACCUUGAUUUGAGUAAGUAUGCAAGUGAACUCCUGUCUAUAGUAUUACCGCAAGCUCGGCAUGCAGACGAAGACAGAAGGAUUGUAGCAUUGACUAUAGUAGGGUGUCUGAGCAAAAAGUCGAGUAACCCUGAUGCUUUAGAAGCAAUGUUUGGAGCUAUUAAAGCUGUAAUUGGAGGUUCAGAAGGAAGGCUUGCAUUUCCUUACCAGAGAAUUGGCAUGAUCAGUUCAUUGCAAGAAUUGUCCAACGCUCCUGAAGGGAAAUAUCUAAACAGCAUCUCAUGUACAAUAUGUGGGUUUCUUUUAUCUUGUUACAAAGACGAAGGAAAUGAGGAGGUAAAACUAGCAAUCUUAAUAGCUAUAGCGUCGUGGGCAGCAAGAUCUGUUGAUACCGUCCAGUCAAAUUUAAUUUCUUUCAUCACCUCUGGCCUUAAGGAGAAGGAAGCUUUAAGAAGGGGGCAUCUUCGCACUCUUCGUGCCAUAUGUAAAAAUGGUGAAGCUGUUUUACAGAUGUCAUCGUUGCUAGGCUCUCUUGUUCAACUUGUAAAAACUGGUUUUACCAAAGCAGUUCAGCGAUUGGAUGGCAUGUAUGCUUUGCUUAUAGUUGCUAAGAUUGCAGCAUCUGACAUUAAAGCAGAGGAGAUUGUGGCGAAAGAGAAGAUUUGGUCCUUAAUAUCUGAAAAUGAGCCAUCACUAGUACCACAGACUCUGGUGUCAAAAAUGUCAAUAGAAGAUUCUAUGGCAUGUGUUGAGCUUCUUGAAGUUCUACUGGUGGAACAUUCUCGCAGAGUGUUGGAAACAUUUUCAGUCAAAUUACUCAUGCAGUUGCUACUAUCUUUAAUAUGCCAUCCAAGCUGGACUGUUCGUAAAACAGCUUAUGAUGCCACCAAGAAGAUUGUUGGUGCUGCUCCCCAGUUGUCUGAGUUCUUUUAUGAGUAUAAGAGUUUUCUUGAUGCAGACAAUUCACUGGAAGGCCAGACUCCCUAUUUACCAUCUGCUGAGGUUUUAGUGAAGGCUUUGCAUGUAAUAGCAUCUGCUGCUCUUGCAGCUGCUCCAAGUGCAUCAAGGACUUAUAUUUUAUUCUGUUCACAUCAUCCAUGCAUAGUUGGCACUGGAAAGAGAGAGACAGUUUGGAGGAGGCUACAAAAAUUUCUGCGCACUCGUGGCUUUGAUGUCAUUGGCAGUUUUUCUACUGAUGUUGCGAAACUAUGCCAGGAGCUUCUGGGACCAAUGUGUUUGAUGAGUGAUAAUAUACUUGAACAGCAAGCAGCUAUCUAUUCUUUAUCUACUCUAAUGUCAGUAACACCUGAAGAUACAUAUGCAGAAUUUGAAAAGUAUCUGAAAGCUUUUCCGGACCGUCAUUCACAUGAUAUGCUCUCUGAAAAUGAUAUUCAGAUUUUUCAUACUCCUGAAGGAAUGCUGUCCAGUGAGAAAGGUGUUUAUGUUGCAGAGUCUACAGGUGCCAAGAAUAUAAAACAGAAUAUGGAUCAUGUGAGUUCUAAUCAUUCAUUGAGAAGAGAAUCGGCUAGUAGGGAAGCUGCUGCAAUGGGAAAAAGAGAUGCUGGGAAAUCCACAAAAAAAGCUGAUAAGGGAAAAACUGCAAAAGAAGAGGCACGUGAAUUGAUGCUCAGGGAGGAAGCUUCCAUUCGUGAAAAUGUUCAGAAAAUACAGAGGAACUUAUCCUUGCUGCUAAGAGUUCUUGGGGAGAUGGCCAUUGCAAAUCCAGUAUUUGCACACAGCCAGCUACCAUCCCUGGUUUGUCAACUAGUCUUUUCUCCUUCCUUUAGAUGGCAAUAUUGUUUUCAGGUUUGCUGCUAUCAAUGCAAAACAUCGUUGGGACUUUUUGAGAGAGUAGUAAAUGGCUUAUCCGUCUCAUGUAAAUCUGGGCCCCUUCCUGUAGACUCCUUUACUUUUGUCUUUCCGAUAAUGGAGCGGGUUUUGUUAUCACCUAAGAGGACAGGACUUCAUGAUGAUGUGCUUCAAAUUCUUUAUUUGCACAUGGAUCCUCUUCUACCACUUCCUAGGCUCCAAAUGUUAUCGGCUCUUUAUCAUGUUUUAGGUAUUGUUCCAGCUUAUCAAGCAUCUAUUGGACCAGCAUUAAAUGAAAUAUGUCUUGGCCUGCAACCAGAUGAAGUUGCCUCGGCCCUAUAUGGAGUUUAUGCAAAGGAGAUCCAUGUGAGAAUGGCAUGCAUAAAUGCUAUAAAAUGUAUUCCUGCUGUUUCUAAUCGUUCUCUUCCCAAGAGUGCUGAAAUUGGAACAAACAUUUGGAUUGCUUUGCAUGAUCCAGAAAAGGCAGUUGCAGAAGCUGCAGAGGAUAUAUGGGAUCGCUAUGGGCAUGAUUUAGGGUCUGACUAUUCAGGAAUCUUUAAGUCACUUUCUCAUAUAAACUAUAAUGUUCGCUUGGCUGCGGCAGAGGCAUUAGCUGCUGCAUUGGAUGAAAAUCCAGAUUCUAUACAGGAGUCUCUAUCUACUUUAUUUUCUUUAUAUAUCCGCGAUGCUGGAUCUUAUGAAGCCAAUGUUGAUGCUGGCUGGAUAGGCAGACAAGGAAUAGCAUUGGCAUUGCAUUCUGCUGCUGAUGUUUUGAGGACAAAGGACCUUCCUGUUGUUAUGACAUUUCUAAUUUCACGGGCCCUUGCUGAUCCCAAUGCAGAUGUUCGUGGAAGGAUGAUUAAUGCUGGUAUUAUGAUUAUUGAUAAGCAUGGCAGAGAAAAUGUGUCCUUAUUAUUUCCGAUUUUUGAGAAUUACUUAAAUAAGAAGGCAUCGGAUGAAGAAAAAUACGAUUUGGUUCGUGAAGGUGUUGUUAUUUUCACUGGAGCUCUAGCAAAGCACUUGAAAAAGGAUGAUCCAAAAGUACACGCUGUUGUGGAGAAGUUGUUAGAUGUCUUAAACACUCCUUCAGAAGCUGUGCAACGUGCAGUUUCAACUUGCCUCUCUCCACUUAUGCAAUCAAAGCAAGAGGAUGCAAUGGCACUUGUUUCUAGAUUGUUGGAUCAACUGAUGAAAAGUGACAAAUAUGGUGAACGCCGAGGAGCUGCUUUUGGACUUGCUGGAGUAGUGAGGGGGUUUGGACUUUCUUGCUUGAAGAAUUAUGGGAUAGUGGCUGCAUUACGAGAUGGCCUUGCUGAUAGAAAUUCUGCGAAAAGACGUGAAGGAGCUUUACUGGCAUUUGAGUGCCUCUGUGAAAAGCUCGGAAGAUUAUUUGAGCCGUACGUGAUUCAAAUGCUUCCCAUGCUUUUAGUGUCUUUCUCUGACCAAGUUGUCGCUGUUCGUGAAGCUGCUGAAUGUGCUGCUCGUGCAAUGAUGUCCCAACUUAGUGCACAAGGAGUUAAGCUUGUCCUUCCAUCUCUGUUAAAGGGCCUUGAAGAUAAAGCUUGGAGAACGAAGCAAAGCAGUGUACAGCUACUUGGUGCUAUGGCCUAUUGUGCUCCUCAGCAGCUCUCGCAAUGCCUCCCUAAGAUUGUGCCAAAAUUGACAGAGGUUUUAACAGAUACACAUCCCAAAGUACAGUCAGCUGGGCAGAUGGCCCUGCAGCAGGUUGGAAGUGUGAUAAAGAAUCCAGAAAUUUCUUCUCUCGUACCUACUCUUCUGAUGGCUCUUUCAGAUCCCAAUGACUAUACAAAAUACUCUCUUGAUAUUCUCCUUCAAACAACUUUUGUUAAUUCAGUAGAUGCUCCUUCCCUUGCUUUGCUAGUACCAAUAGUGCACAGAGGUCUAAGAGAAAGGAGUGCUGAGACUAAAAAGAAAGCUGCCCAAAUAGUUGGAAAUAUGUGUUCUUUAGUUACAGAACCAAAGGAUAUGAUUCCUUAUAUAGGGUUGCUCCUCCCUGAAGUUAAAAAGGUUCUUGUGGAUCCAAUCCCAGAAGUUCGGUCUGUUGCAGCAAGAGCUGUUGGAUCCCUCAUCAGAGGAAUGGGAGAGGAAAACUUUCCAGAUCUUCUUCCAUGGUUGUUUGACACUCUUAAAUCUGAUAAUAGCAAUGUUGAGCGCUCUGGCGCUGCUCAAGGACUGAGUGAGGUUUUAGCUGCUCUUGGUACAGACUACUUUGAGCAUGUACUUCCUGAUGUUAUUCGUAACUGUUCUCAUCAAAGAGCAUCUGUUCGUGAUGGAUAUCUGACACUUUUCAAGUAUCUGCCAAGGUCCUUAGGCAUUCAAUUCCAGAACUAUCUACAGCAGGUGCUGCCUGCUAUAUUAGAUGGUCUUGCUGAUGAGAAUGAAUCUGUGCGGGAUGCAGCACUAGGUGCUGGCCAUGUCUUGGUUGAGCACUAUGCAACAACGUCCUUACCUCUGCUCCUUCCAGCUGUAGAGGAUGGUAUUUUCAGUGACAAUUGGCGAAUUCGGCAAAGUUCUGUUGAACUGUUGGGAGAUCUCUUGUUUAAGGUUGCUGGGACUUCUGGGAAAGCUCUACUUGAGGGAGGAAGUGAUGAUGAGGGCUCUAGUACUGAAGCACAUGGACGUGCUAUUAUUGAGGUGCUUGGAAGGGAAAAGCGUAAUGAGGUUCUUGCUGCAUUAUAUAUGGUUCGAACUGAUGUUAGCAUAUCAGUACGUCAGGCUGCCUUACAUGUAUGGAAGACAAUAGUAGCAAAUACUCCUAAGACUCUCAAGGAAAUCAUGCCUGUUCUGAUGAAUACUUUGAUUACAUCCCUUGCAUCAUCAUCUUCUGAAAGACGACAGGUUGCGGGAAGAUCAUUGGGAGAGCUUGUUAAGAAGCUUGGUGAAAGAGUCCUCCCAUUGAUAAUUCCAAUAUUAUCUCGUGGGUUGAAGGAUCCAAAUGCUAGCAGAAGACAAGGUGUAUGCAUCGGUUUGAGUGAAGUGAUGGCUAGUGCUGGCAAGAGUCAGUUGUUGAGUUUCAUGGAUGAGCUAAUUCCUACCAUUCGGACAGCCCUUUGUGACAGUGUUGCCGAGGUUCGUGAGUCGGCGGGCAUAGCAUUCAGCACAUUAUACAAGAGUGCUGGAAUGCAAGCAAUUGAUGAAAUUGUUCCAACUCUUCUUCAUGCCUUGGAGGAUGAUGAAACUUCUGAUACCGCCCUGGAUGGGCUGAAACAAAUAUUAAGUGUCAGGACGACUGCUGUUCUGCCUCAUAUAUUGCCCAAGCUGGUCCAUCUUCCCCUUUCUGCAUUUAAUGCACAUGCUUUGGGGGCUUUAGCAGAAGUUGCUGGUCGUGGCCUGAAUUCUCACCUUGGAACUAUACUUCCUGCUUUGCUCUCUGCAAUGGGUGAUGAUGACGUGGAUGUUCAAAAUUUAGCAAGGAAAGCGGCAGAAACUGUUGUCUUGGUUAUCGAUGAGGAAGGUGUCGAGUUUUUAAUAUCAGAGCUCCUGAGAGGAGUUGCUGACAGUGUGGCUUCUGUCAGAAGAAGUUCAUCAUAUUUGAUAGGAUAUUUUUUCAAAAACAGCAAGCUGUAUUUGGUUGAUGAGGCACGUAACAUGAUAUCCACCAUGAUUGUUUUGCUCAGUGAUCCAGAUUCAGCUACAGUAGCGGUUGCUUGGGAAGCUUUGUCAAGGAUUGUUGCUUCAGUUCCCAAAGACUUACUUUCUUCAUAUAUAAAACUGGUUCGUGAUGCUGUUUGUACAUCCAGAGACAGAGAACGUAGGAGAAGAAAGGGAGGAGCCAUUCUUAUUCCUGGAUUCUGUCUGCCGAAAGCCCUCCAGCCACUGCUUCCAAUCUUUCUACAGGGCCUUAUAAGUGGGUCAGCCGAGUUAAGGGAGCAGGCAGCACUUGGUCUUGGGGAACUUGUUGAAGUGACGAGUGAACAAGCAUUGAAAGAAUUUGUCAUCCCAAUAACGGGGCCUCUUAUUCGAAUCAUAGGGGACAGAUUUCCCUGGCAGGUCAAGAGUGCCAUUUUAUCCACUUUAAGCAUAAUGAUAAGAAAGGGUGGGAUGGCCCUCAAGCCUUUCCUUCCUCAGCUUCAAACAACAUUUAUUAAGUGCUUACAGGAUAAUACAAGGACUGUUCGUUCAAGUGCUGCUCAUGCCCUUGGGAAGCUUAGUUCCCUCAGUACGAGGGUUGAUCCUUUGGUUGGGGACCUCCUAUCCAGUUUGCAGAGUGUGGAUUCUGGGAUUCGAGAAGCCAUCUUGUCCGCUUUGAAAGGUGUCCUAAAGCAUGCUGGUAAAAAUGUGAGCCCUGCUGUUAGGAGUCGUGUUUAUAGUCUCCUAAAGGACUUAAUCCAUCAUGAUGAUGACCAAGUUCGAAUAUCUGCUGCCGGCAUAUUGGGUAUUAUAUCACAGUACAUGGAAGAUAUGCAGUUGAAUGACCUGCUUGAGGAACUCUUGGAUUGGGACUAUUCCCAGAGCUGGGUUGCUAGGCAUGGUUCAUUACUCACCAUCUCAUCCUUACUCAGGCACAACCCUUCCAAAAUUUCUACAUCUCUAAUGUUCCCAUCUAUCCUAGACUGUCUAAAAGUUUCCUUGAAAGAUGAUGACAAGUUUCCUCUCCGUGAGACUUCAAUCAAGGCACUAGGAAGACUUCUGCUUCAUGAAGUUCAAAAUGAUCCCAUUAAUUCAGCUCUAGUUAUAGAUAUUCUUUCAUCAGUAGUGUCUGCUUUGCAUGACGAAUCCAGUGAGGUCAGGAGAAGGGCAUUAUCUGCACUAAAAGCUGUUGCAAAAAGUAAUCCUUCAGCCACUAUGGCCCAGUUGACAGUUAUUGGACCUGCACUUGCAGAAUGUUUGAAGGAUGGGAGUACUCCUGUCAGACUUGCUGCUGAAAGAUGUGCGCUGCACAUUUUCCAUUUGACAAAGGGUAGCGAAAAUGUUCAAGCUGCACAGAAAUAUAUCACAGGCUUGGAUGCUAGACGCCUAUCAAAGUUUCCUGAAUACAGUGAUGACAGCGAAGACAGUGAGAACGACACCGGAAGUGGCUAAGAAGCCAGCAGUUUGUUAUUGCCCAUCUGUUUGAGUUUGAAUUCCUGUGCAACUACUAGUGAUUCUUCUCACAAUUUUGGAUUCCUCUGAACGAAUUAAAGAAGAGAAAAAUUUUUGAUGAUUGGAACCUUGAGGAAAAUCUUUGAAGGGUUUAUCUUUGUUCACAUUAAAUAGGUAUACACACUGAAGCAAGGUAAGAUACUCAAAAUUUCCCCCUUAGGCCCAUCACAGCAUUAAUGUAAUUGUUGAUGAGCCAGAUACCGACGAAGCCACUUGUAGACACUGAGAGCCCGAGUUUGCUUCCAUUAAUUUAUAAAGAAUGUGAAAUUUUGCUCUUGUAAUCUAUUUCUGAUUAUUUAAUAAUUCUUUUUUAAUGUUCAAGAGGGUAGCUGGGAGGGAGCUUGAUCCAGUUUUCUUUGUACGUCUGUAAUGUGUUAUAUAAUAACCUUUCUAUCCAUGAUAUGUAGUCCUUAAUGGGACUAUCUCUUAGUUAUUUAACUUGAAUCUUUGUUGGGAUCUUCCCCAAAACCAUUCUUAUCGAGGUAUUUUUGAUGAGGAAAAGAAUUCAUUGAGUA